ACCAAGAGUUUAAAGCAGAAGUAGAAUGCGGUCUUGUUGUUGUCUCGCGUAGCACGCAGCACUUCAAGUGUAAGAAAUGCGCAUCGAAAAGUGUUAUUUUUGCUCGGGGCCAGUAUACCCAGGACACGGAGUAAUGUUUGUCCGAAAUGACUGCAAGUCAUUCAGAUUCUGCAGAUCAAAAUGCCACAAGAAUUUCAAGAAGAAGCGUAACCCCAGAAAGACCAGGUGGACCAAAGCGUUCCGAAAGGCAGCUGGAAAGGAAUUGACAGUGGAUAACUCGUUGGAAUUUGAGAAACGCAGAAAUAUACCUGUUAAAUAUAACCGGGAGAUGUGGGAUAAGACGGUGGAAGCAAUGAAGAAGGUGGAAGAAAUCAAACGAAAACGGCAGGCAAGAUUCAUCAUGAACAGAUUAAAGAAGGGCAAAGAGUUGGAGAAGGAAGCGGACAUCAAGGAAGUGAAGAAGAACAUUCACCUCAUCAAAGCACCACACGCAGGAAAAGCCAAACAAAUGGAAGAAAAAAUGGUGCAGAAAUUACAAGAAGAUGUGGAAAUGAGAGACGACGACCUUUAAAUAUAUUGACUGACUUUUCAGGCCACUUACAUUACAAAUGCUUCAUUUUGGACAUUGUUGUGCAUUGGUUUUUUUUAAGUGCAAUUCAAUGUCUGUGUCAAUGUCUGCAUUCAUCGACUUGAGACCUCUGUUGGGAUGUCUUUUUGCAAAACAUAAUAUUUUAAUGUUAAGUAUAGAAAAGACAACAAAUGACAAUAAAGUUCGUUAACCUCCCGCCCAAAAAUGGGGCUG